AGAGACGCUCCUGCAGCACCGAGACACACGGCUACAUGCUUUUCUCCAUCCUACUGCAUACAAACACAGGUCAGUUCAGGAGAAACCGGGUCAAACCCUCUUCAGGGAGCAGAGGAAACAACAUGUGACCAAUCUGUGCACAGCUGCUGACAGCAUGCAUUGCCUCCACCAGACACUGGCUUUCCUCAUCUGGUCUAUGCUGCUACUCCAGUCUGCGGGCGAUGAAGAGGCACCCUGGGGACCCACCAAAUCCACCACACCCUCCAAAGAGAAGCCCACUGGAAAAAAAAAUUCCUGGUGGCCUUUUUACUUCAGAAACCCAUUGAGCAACUGGGGUGGACGUUCGGACAGUAAUGAGGUGGCACUGACCACAACUUACAAAGGGCUAGCACAAAGCAUUGAUCAGUUUGAGGAGAUCUCGGGCUCAGGACAUGAGAGCAUUUCUGAAACUUCUGAACCACCCACUACUUUGACUCAGGGGCCUGCAACCACUGCGACACAUCCCACAAGAACUUCAAGCUCAGCACAUAGCAGCACAGUACUGAGCGACAAUGACGAUCUUGUCUCAGCCUCCUACUCUCUGCUAUCAACCAUCUCCAGUACUGACACUCCACUCACAAGUCCUGUGAGCACAAAUGCUGCUGAAACCAGUCCAACGCAUACCCACACAACAUGGGAAACCGUGCAGACAGGAACAACCAGCAAGGGUGCCACUGAACCACACUUAUACAAUGCACAGACAGAUGGAGAGAUUGAUAUUUCAGAGAAGACAAUGGCAGAUGAAACUACAGUUCAAACUACAACCACCUUGACAUGGGUAAUUGAUGAGACCCCUACCAUUUCACCUGAUGGAGCGACACACACCAGUCCCCAUUUAGAGACAAAAACUUCAACUACAACAAAGACUACAACUAUACAAGUGCUCACAACACAAGGCAAAACAACAACAGAAAAGAUUGCUACCAUUGCUAUGAGGAUUGAUGAUGGACCAACACUGGAAUCCAUAACAAGCACAACUGAGAGUCAAAAGGUUAACUUCCCAAUAGUAGGAGAGCUGCCAGAUGAAGAGGAUCAGACGGAUAACAAAGAUGGAGAUGAAGAGGAGGAGAUUGGGAUUCCCACAUUUGCAAACAAGGAUGUAGACACAGGGUUAACAGACAUUAUUACGGCAACGUCUAAUUUUCAAACAUCAUCACUACAAAUGACCACAGAGAGUCCCAAUGCAUUCACAGACUGGAUUUUCAGCCCAGUGGAAAGUGAUGCUACCUUUCUUCCAGACUGUAACAAGGAACGGACCGGCAUCUGCAACAUCUCAGAUACCUGGGACACCACCACCUCUGCAGAUUUUGUACCUACACAAAACAACUCUACUGCCAUGAACAAAUCCAACAACCUGUUUCUGAUCCCUGCUUCUCCCCUGUUAGUGCCUCUAUAUACAGACUGGAACAGUGCUAUGGCAGCCUGGGGUGUAGCCUGGGAGGUGCAUGUGUACGGAUUAGGUUGUGUUUUUGCUAUGCUAACACUAGCUUCAGCUCUCAACCUGCUUUGUUUGCCUCUUCGAUGCCCAUCAGGAUGUGGCUACUUCGCUCUGGUUAGCCUCUUCCUGCUUGCUGCCGGAUGCACCAGGUCUUUCUCUCUCCUGUAUGAUGCCUAUGGCCACCUGGAUCGACUACCCUCCAUGGAAGCCUCCCUGAUGUUGUACGAAGCACCCUUUCCUUGUUUAACAGCAGCAUUCGGUCUGGUGUUCCUUCUCCUUUCCAUGCGCUCACGAAUGCAGCUCUCUUACUCAGCCUUUCAGAGACCCUGCGUCCUGGCCUGCCUGGUUACUCUGCACUUCGUUGCUGCAUUUGGUCCUGAAACGCUCUUUAAGUUUUACCAACACAAACAGACUCUUUGCCUCUUCUUUACACUGGUUUCACGUGGGGCAUUUGUAGCUCUUGCAACUUUUCUUUCAUCAGCCUAUUUUGUAUUCUACAUUUAUGUUAGAGCUGAUUCAAAACACAUUUACCACCUGAACAACACGUCUCCCACACCUGCAGAGCGAUAUAACCGCUGCCCUUUUGCCGAAAGUCGUGAUUGGGAUCGUGCUGCUGUAACUGUCUGCCUCUCAGCUUUAUUUUCUUUAGCCUCUGCCGGGCUGCAGUUGUAUGCCAUGCUUAAUGCUAUGGGUGUGGCAGGAGAGGACCAAGUGUUUCACCCAUGGUCCUGGUGGACGUUUCAGUUCAGCUGUCGAUUGUGUGAACUUGGGAUGUGUCUUACCUUAGCCUUGGUAGUUGCACAGCCCGUCUACUGUUCAGAUCACUUACCGGCUGCUGGGAGCUGCUGGACUGAACUGCUAGCCUCCAAGUCUCCAAUCCUCCCUGGGACAUACCAGUGGUCUCUGAGCCAGCAAGAAAAACUGGCCAUUGUAGAUACAGUAGGCCUGGGGGAAACAGAGAGCCUCCCCCUUUACACUCUCAUGGACGACAGGUUUGCACACAGCUUGAACGGCCUUGACCUCUUGUACCACAGUAACCGAGCAUUGGCCUACCGCGACAUGGAGCUGAACUUGCACAGCUCACUAAAGCUGGAGGAUGUAGGAGGAGGGGAGCCUUCAGGAGGAUCUUCUUUCACCAGUGACUCUACCACAGACCUGCGUCCACCAUCGCCUAUAAACCUGCGGCGCAGCAUUGACGAGGCGUUGUUUAGUGAGGCCCUGUUCCCCAUGAGCAUCUUCAGCCCCAGGCCCAUUCGCUGCAGUGACCAGUCUAUCAGCGAUAGGUCUGCAUUGGCCUGUAAUGACUUCAGCAAUCCUCUCAAAGCAGAUCCUGGCCUCUACCGGACCUCUUCCUGUGUGGAGAUAGCCCAUAAACAGCAGUUAACACAAGAUAAAUCUCAAGAAGAAACUGUUAUGACUUCUCUACAGUCUCCAUCUUUGACAUGCACAUCCAGUAUUUCAUCUCCUGAACGUUGGGGGCGAAGUUCGUCAUCCUGUUCCCUGUACCGGACCUCUCUUUGUGGAUCGUCUUUCCUAUUGUCCCCCAGCCCAGACAGACAUGCUAAGCGGUCUCACCCAGAGGGGCUCUGCAGUAACAUGGGGUCCUCUUCUGAUCCACAGACGCUCUACCAAACACUGGGAGGAGCCUCACAGGAGAGUCUCGACCUGUCAUCAGAAGCUGACAGAUCUGUGCAGGAGGAGUUCAUCAGUGUCUGCAGACAGAUCGAUGCUUUGAGCAUCUGCAGUGAAACUAUUGAUUUAUAAUGCACAAUCUGGUCAAACGAGGGUCACAUUGAAGAGGUCAGGAAUGAGAAUGACUGGGCGCCAUGAGGUCUUAAGAUACUUU